CAUUUGCCGUAUUAGCAAGCCGGUGAUCAGACUGCUGGAAUACCAGGAGGGAGCUGAGUAUUCCCCUGUUAGUACAUUCAAGGCCUGCGCACCUCCAUACAUAACGUUUUCAGAUAUCAGGGACGCAGCGCAUGCUACGGAGCCUGCAAUUCCUUGGCAGAGAGUGAAGGCUUAGUGAAAGGGUCAUCAGUCAAAAGCUGUAGCACUAUAUCAACCUCAGGUCUAAGGCACUUAGCAUGUCUGAGCAAACAAGGCAACAGACCCUGUAGCUGCAUAAGGUGACUUGGAAGUGUGGUAAAUUGCUGUUGACAUUGGCCAUAUUCAUCCUCCCACUGUCAUGACUUCAUCAGACACAGAAAUAGAUGUGGACACCACACCUGAGCGUGGCGUAGCUGAUUUAAGGGGCUAUUGGAGCAGGGCACAAGACGUGCCUAGUGGAGAAAUGGCUGAACAACCCAGGAAGACCAAACCAGGGAAGUUUACUCCUCCCACCUUCAGUAAGACCCUGGACUUGGAGAUCUCAGGAAUGGAGGGUCACCCGCUGGUGCUCGAGGUGAAUGUGAAGGGCACCCCCCUCCCACAGGUUCAGUGGUUCCGUGAGGGGGCACCCAUCCAGAACAACCCUGCUUUCACCGUGGACCAGACAGGUGAAGUGUGUACGCUGGUCAUUGCUGAGGCAUACCCUGAAGAUUCUGGAAACUACACAGCCACAGCAGCCAACUUCUACGGCAGCCAGUCCUGCCAGGCGAUCGUUACCGUGAAAGGUCAGACAGAGCCUAAUGGCAAAGAUGAUCCAGGGUACAUCCCACCCCCACCAGCCAGUAACGGACCUGCUGUACUGCCAGACACACCACUGCCACCUCCACCUGCCAAUGUCCAGCCAACCAGUGGCCUACUUGACGACCUGCCUCCCCCGCCCCCAGAGGAGGAGAGGAAGGGUCCUGAUGCUGCCGUGAGGAUGCAGCAGACUCGAGUGACAGAUGAGUACCACGACCGUUUGAGGAACCCUCCCCCUGUACAGCAGGAGGAGUUCAGAGUGUCUGGUUUUGAAGAGCGUCUGAUGAGGGAAAUAGAGCAUCGUCUGGAGAAAAGUGUAGAGGCAGAGGGCAUGUUUGAGAAUGUGCCACAAGCCCAGUGGCGUGCCCCCAUGUUUGGCAAGAGGGUUCAGAACUACAAGGUGUUGGAGGGAGGAACGGCCAGCUUCAGUUGUCGUGUGGUGGGACUGCCAACUCCCAAGAUAUACUGGUUUAAGGAUGGGCAGGAGAUCCCCCCUGACUCGCAAAAGUACUUGAUGCAGAGUGCCCCCGAUGGCACUUGUUACUUACACAUCCCUGGUGCCACCCUGCAUGAGGAGGGACAGUACACUGUCAUGGCAGUCAGCCCAGCUGGAAAGGCGAGUGCUACAGGUAUGCUGAAGGUGCAGGAGAAGAAGGCUGCAUAUGUGAAGCAGAGUACACCAGUGGCAAGGGCUGCACGGACCCAGGCUCGUGACAGGGAGGACUUGAGGGGUGUGGCAGAGAAAAACUACAGGCCAAACUUUGUACAGGUCCCCGAGGAGACCAAUGCCAAGGAGGGAGGGCUUGUUCGCAUGGACUGUAAGGUGACAGGCCUGCCGUCCCCUGACCUGGUGUGGUAUCGUGAGGGCAGCCCGCUCAGACAGGACAGCAACCACAAGAUGAUCGUGCGUGAGAACGGCGUGCACUCCCUGCUGAUCUCCCAGUGCAAGGCCAGCGAUGCAGGAGACUACACCUGUGUGGCCACCAACAAGGCAGGCCAGGCUGAGUUCACUGUCACCUUGAAUAUCCUGGUGGAGGCCCAGACUGUUGCUCCUACAUGGGUGCAGAAGCUGAAGAACACAACUGUGAAGGAGGGAGACCCUGUGAGGAUCUUCUGUACUGCAGCUGGAGACCCUGUUCCUUAUGCCAUCUGGAAGAAGGAUGGCAUCGGCCUGACAGAAAAGAGUGGCUACAGGCUUGGCACAGAUGGCCAGGGGACGUUCUUCCUAGAGGUUGACCAUGCCAGCAAGGCUGAUGCUACCUGGUACACCUGCUCUGCCCACAACCAGGCCGGCAGCAUCAUGUGUACAGGCAAAAUAGUUGUGCAGAGCCCCUGGGAGUCCCAGAAGCCACAACAAACAAAGAUCAAGACUCCAAAGAGAUACGCCAACCUGCCUGUGGACAUGCGAGCCUCUCACCAGACCAAGACUGCCAUGAUGAACGAGUCUGGGGAAGAUCUGUAAAAACAGACUGUCCACAGUCUACUCUCUAUACUGCUGGCUAACUGUAUGUCCUUACUACGUGUUGUAAACCCCCUAGCACUAGUCAUGAACAUUGCUAUAUCACAAAGCAAAUGUGUAAUUUCUAUAACCCAUGUAAUAUGCAAGAGAUAUUUUGAAAAUUUAGGUUAAAAUAGCAAGAGGCAAAAAGCUGUAGAAUCCUUACAAAACUUUCAUGUCAGAUGCUAGUUGACAUGGUAUUAAAACGAAACCAAGGCAGUAAGAUGGUACUAUUGGAAGGUACUAAAUAUUCAAUAGGUAUUUGCAGUUUUGUAUCAGAUGUAAUGUAACAGAUUAUCAGAAGUUGUCCAUGAUCUAGAUUUGUUCAUCAUUGUGGAAAUGAUCCCUUUCUAAAAUUAUUACUCUAGACGAUAUAAAAUACAA